UUCAUAGUUCGUAUUACUACUUUGAGUUUAAUACCUCGUUAAUCAUUUACAUUUUCAUCUUGUAUUUUACAAUAAUUUAAACCAAUUUUAUAAAUAAAAAAUCAUCAAAAUGAGCGGGGCAGUGAAGAAAGUCAGCUUAAUUAACUCAAUCAUUGCCACAGCCAAGCCCAACUUACAAACUUUUGUGAAAUACGCUAAAGUAGAGUUAACUCCGCCCAAAUUUUCUGAUUUGCCUGAAAUAAAAAACGAGAUAUCUAAAAUAAUACAAACAGCUCGAACUGGACGUUGGAAGAAUAUUACCGUUAAGGAUGCUACAGUCAAAUCGCUCAUCGCUCUUGAAGUAUAUAUGUGGUUCUACGUCGGUGAAUGUAUAGGAAAGAGGCACUUAAUUGGUUAUGAUAUCAAGUUAUAAAUGUAUUCCUGUAAUUUAAAGUAAAUUAUGCUUCUUCAGAUUGUAUACAAUUAUUUUGUAUCUAGAAAUUAUAAUAUUUUGUAGGAAUUCAACAUUUUUAUCAUUCAAAUUAAUAUGUAAACAUUUCUACAGUUAUAUAAAUAGUAAAUGGUAAAAAACAGUA